UGCUGCUGCUGCUGCUGCUGCCGCCGCCGGGGCUUCGGGGGCCGGGGCUGGUGGCUGGUGGCUGGUCCGGGGGCUCCUGCUGCCGGGCAGCCAUGCCUCCGGCGCCGGUGAAGCAGCUGCGGAACCGCUACAACCCGGUGGAGGAGGCCGGGGGGGACUCCCGGGUGCCGCUCCACAACGAGGACGCCUUCCAGCACGGCAUCCUCUUCCAGGCCAAGUAUAUUGGAAGUCUGGACGUGCCAAGACCCAACAGCCGCGUGGAGAUUGUGGCUGCCAUGAGAAGGAUCCGGUAUGAAUUCAAGGCCAAGAACAUCAAGAAGAAGAAGGUGAACAUUGUUGUCUCUGUAGACGGGGUGAAAGUCAUCCUCCGGAAGAAACAGAAGAGAAAAGAAUGGACCUGGGAUGAGGGCAAGAUGGUGGUGAUGCAUGAUCCCGUCUACAGGAUCUUCUACGUUUCGCACGACUCUCAAGACCUGAAAAUCUUCAGCUACAUUGCCAGGGACGGCACCAACAAUUCCUUCCGGUGCAAUGUCUUCAAAUCCAAAAAAAAGACUCAGGCCAUGCGCGUGGUGCGGACGGUAGGCCAAGCCUUCGAGGUUUGCCACAAACUCAGUCUCCAGCAUGCCCUCCAGAAUGCCGAUGGUCAAGCAGACGGGGCCAGCAACAAUUCAGCUGAAGAGCCACAGCUGGAAGGUCUCCAGCUGGCUGGGCCGCCGCUGGCCGAUGGAGAAAGUGGCCCCACUGAUUCUGAUGGGACCUGCGUUCUGGAUGGCAGAUCCUCUGAGCUCCUUGUGGCUGUGCCUGACCUGGGCAUCCCGAAAUCUGGGCCAGAUCUGAAGGACAGGAACAGUCAGGAGAACGAGGACUCCCUCCUGUGCCCUCUUGCCUCGCAGCCAGUGGGCAGCCCUGCCAGCCCCUCGCCCACCCCACUCGCUUCCCAGCACUGCCUCCAGCUCCUCCAGCACCAGCUCCUGCAACAACAGCAGCAGACUCAGGUGGCUGCAGCCCAGGUACAGCUUCUAAAGGACCAGCUGUCGGCCGAGACCACGGCCCGCAUCGAGGCCCAGGCCCGCGUCCGCCAGCUGCUCUUGACUAAUCGUGACCUUCUUCAACAUGUCUCCUUGCUGGUCAAGCAGCUCAAAGAGCUGGAGAUCAAGGUCCAGCUGCGGCAUCCAGUUGACCGUUCACUACAGAAUCUCACCCUGGCUCAGUCCCUCUCCCUCAACUUGAAAAACCACUACAGCCUCGAAAUCAGUCUGCCGUCCACCUCAACUCCAGCCAGCGUCCUGGGCAGCCCUGUGGCUUUGAGAAACACGUGUGGGUCCUACCUGAACCUGGCAAACCUGAACAAGGGCGGCGGAUUGCCCAAUGGCACAGAGAGCAAGGAACGCCUUCUUGUGGCCCUGGACAGCCUCCGCAGCGUUGAAGGGUCGGAGGCCACCGACGGCAGUAUGUCCAAUGGGACUGGCCAGCAGAAGAACAACGGGCCAAGUGCUCCGGUGCAGGAGGAAAGGGCACAGCCUUUCAUCCCCAAGCUGAAUCCACCCCCUCCAACUCUGCGGAGGAGGUCAAGCAAAACCACCUCUCCCAGCCUAGAACCAGAGACAGUCACCACUGCCAGCACUGUAAAAAAUCCCAGCACUUCGACACUCACCAGUGCCACCGUCAUCUCCCUCUCGAACUCAGGAUCGGAGGCCAGGACGGCGGGAGGUAGUUACGCUAGCAGCCGCACUGAGAACCAGAGACAUCCAAGCCAGGAGCGAGCCAGAGGGGAUAUGCUGCGGGGGCCGCUGGCCAAGAGCAUUUUGGGUCACCUGGAUAAAGGCCCAACAAGGGACUCAGCUGGCAGCCUGGACUUCAGGUGGCCAUUCUCCUCGGGCGGAGGAGACGAUACCCGCUUGCACAUCAGCCUAUCGGAGGACGAGCUGGACAAGACGGGGAUUGCUCGUGCGUAAGACAUGCUCGGGGGUGAAGACCUGAGAACUGGAUGUGUACCCCAUUGGUUAGGGGCUAGGCAUGGCUUAUAGGACAGUGCGGUCCGCACAGAGAGGGAGGGGGUCCUGAAAUGGUUGUGGCCAGAGGCUGCUGGUUCCUCAAGGCCUUAUCUGGACGGGAAGCAUGUAACUGAAAAACAACCACCUCUCCAGAAGAAGAUGACGACCACCACAUGGAGGGUCCAGAUUUCCUUGAGGCAGUCUUCCGCACAUGCUCGUGUCUUCCACAAACACCUGUAAAUGGUCUGGAGGAGCCUGAAGUUGUUCUGUCUUACUCCCAGCAGGCGUUGAUGCAGCUGAGCCUCUGAUGGAAAGCCUUGUAAGAGCCCCAAGGGUAUAAGCCCAAGAAGUAAAUGCCACAAGAGGUUCGGGGUUCUCAGCCCCACCAGGAAGGAUCCCAACUUGCUGGACAGGACUGGGUUGGAAACUCUUCCCAUAAUCAGAGUCCAAGAGUAGUAGUAGUUUACCAAAUGCACUGAUGUUGAAAAGAUGAGAAGAAAGGGGGCUAUGAACCAAGAGCUCAGCUUCCAGGAAGUUAUUGCCAGUCUAGCGAUGAUGUCCAGGCACGUCCCAAAACAUGACCAGCAUUUACUGGUUGAACCCUGUCUUCCUGUGAACUGAAGCCACUUGUUACAGGAGCGCAAGCGUCUUCCAUCUUCAGAAGGCCAAAAGAAUCCGCCUCAGAAAUCACCGGUGUGCCAUGCAAGGGUUCCCUUCCCAUCUCCAUGGGCCAAAACUUUAUGUAGAAAGACAUUGCUCCAGUGAAAAGUCCUGCACUUUCAUUGCCAUGGGUGGACAUUUCCCACUCAAGAGAGCUGAGGAAUGUGGGGUGUUGGGUCAUGCUCACAGUCCACAUUCCCUUCUUUUCUUCUGUUCGUUGCUUCAUGGAUCAUGCUCAUGUCUUUGUUACUGCAGGGAUCCAUACAGACUAUGGGUUAAUUUGUUGGAAAAGACAUUUAGGAGAAUUCUCAUCUUUUCUUCCAGUAAUAGUCUUUAUUUUUAUUUUGUGAGGCAGAAGAAAUAAGCCUGGUUUCGAGGUGGGAAGUUGGAUAUUCACACACUCCCUGGGAACUUUAGGUAAAAUACACUAGGACAGAAGGUUCAAUAAUGCAAAAAUUUUCUUUGCUCAGCUACUAUAUGCAAGUUACCCCAGCAGAAGAAGGCUAGAAGCCAGAAGUCCAUGCAUUCAGUAUUAUUAUUAUUAUUAUUAUUACAUUGUUGCUGAGAUGCACUUUAAAAAAGAAAGAUAUCUGUUGGAAGAGGGGAGAUCUGUGAAUUGCUUUGUUUUCAGGAGGAGAAACUCUGAAGUUUAAAAGUGGGGAGCCUAUAGCGCUAUAGGUUUUGUUGGACUCCAAGUCCUAUCAGCCCCGGUCAGCAGGGCCAAUGGUUAGUGAUGGUGGGGAUUAAAGUCCAACAACAUUUGGGGAAUUGUGGAUUCCCAACCCUUGCUGCAGAUACAAUUAAUUUAUCGUUAGGACUUUUUAAUAUGUAAAGUUGGUCUCGGUUUCCUAGCAAAUAUGCUCCACGCACGCUCAGGUUUGCCAGACCUGAAGUACUGGAAAUUUUUGGACACAAAAUGGUGGCCGCUUGGUUGUGAGAGUGAAAAAUGGGGACAAACACAGGCUGUGAUGGUUGGCCCCUUGUCAAGGAAGCCUUCGCGGUACAAAAUGUGAUAGGAACUGCAAGGAAAACAGAAUGUUGUAAACUGUCCAAAGUGGUCCCAGAUUUAACUGUGGGCAUCAGUCCUUAAUGGACAGAGAGGAGGCACUGAAAAGAACAUCUUUCUAGAAAUGUGGUGGACAAUAAUGCGCAGAGGUAAAAAUAUUCUCUAAAAACCCAUGCAAAGCCAGGUGAAAGAGGAUGGAAGUUGCACUAUAUGUGGUUCUUUGCAAUUGCUGGGGAGAAGUUAAGUUGUCGGAAGGAAGGUUUAAGGAGGUGAAGUUAAAAUAACAGGGAAAACGUCAUUGUUACGAAGAUAAUGGGAUGGUCCAUCUUUUCCAAAAGACACAUGAACAAUUUUCUGGGUCUGAAUGAUAUGGUUUUGCAGGCGCAUCCUUAACAUUUAUCCUGUGUGCAGAUGCUCUGAGGCAUACUCAAUUGUGUGCACAUCAACAAAUCUGCUAAGUAGAGUCAGAAGCAAGCUUUUAUCCAUUUAGAGCCAAGUCAUGGCCCCAAAAGCAGGCAAAGGCCCAUAUAGAAGGCCUCCCAUUAUACUUUUUGUUUUUUGAGUGUGUGUUGCGCAAACACACAAUUGGGAGAGGCUAGGCUGAAUUGCAAGAGCAAUUACGAAAUGUUGGACGUUGGCUGGAGAUAGGCAUGAAUGUGGUUCUGUGGAAGACGCCCAUUGGUUUUUUCCCCCCAGGGGCACCGUUUCCAAACAUGGCCGCACUAAGCUGCAAUGGCUCCUUUCGGAGGGAUGUUGCUGUUCAUUGGCGCCAGUUGAACCAUGGAGGCUAGGAAUGUGUAGAAGAUGGAGUCUGAGGGAUGUGUUUUCAGUAGAAAUAGAGAGGGAAAGAGAGCGCAAGAGCGACUUGGAAUGGCUGGGUUGCCUAGCAGCCCCUUGCAGAGCGAGAGGAAAGGCCACAGAGUCUGGGAGGGCUAGAGUGGCCACCAUUAUCAGGCACCUUGGAUGUUGCUUAGCAACCGUCGCUAAAGGAGGCCUAGCAGGCCUGAUUCACAGUAGAUAAUGAGGGUUGCUUGCCAACUUGGGAACAAAAUGGUGUCUCUUGUGCCUUAAAACCAAUCUUUCGAUGCACCAAUCUGGAAAGCAUAGCUUUUCGGAGCACAGAAAUGAACAUGAGUGCCAGCUAAUGACUAAAGAUGCUGCCACAAGGCAGAAUUAAUGUGUUUUGACACUGGUUUAACUGCCGUGGCUCUGUCCUAGGGAAUCCUGGGUUUUGUAGUUUGCUGUGGCAUGAGAACUAAUAGUAGUAGUAGAACUCUCUGACAGAGGAGGCUGAACAUCUCACAAAACUACACAUCCCAGAAUCCUGUAGCAUGGAGCCAUGGCAGUUAAAAUGGUAUCACGCUGCAUUAAUUCUGCAGUGUAGAUGUUGUAAAAAGUCAUGGCAAUCGGUGCAAAAGUAAAACUAAGAUGGCCUUUGUCAACAGUGAAGAACGUUUGCAUGGAGAAAUACCCACCACACUCCUCUUUAAAAUACACAGACUCAGCAAACAAGAUAGCAUCUUGUGUGUCUUUGGGGUGUUUCACACUUAAAUUUUCUACACCAAAUUUUCACACAAAGUGAAAAUUUGAGCCUGGGCAAAUUGUGAUACCAAGCCCAACACACAAUCCUGUUGAGAUGUGAGGCAGACAUUACAUUUUCCUUUUUUUAAAUGACCUAGGGAGAGUUUCCAAACCACAAAACGUGGUUUCAACAGAUUUCUUUUCCCCAAGCUCUUUUUGUGUUAGAGGAGAAAACCAUGGUGGGAUCAAAAUUUUGGAAAUCUCCCCAUAAACUUGAUUUGUGAUUGUUUCAGGCACUCACACAGAGCGUAUCCUGAAAUGCAUUCAGUGCAUUUUAUGAAAAUUUCCCUAUUUUUCAUUGGAAUUAUCAUGCUUUCAAGCAGCCAAACGUCAAAACCUAACAUCUUUCUGUUUGCAGAAAUCUAUAGAGAUUGUUCCAUAACCCUCAAAUGCCUACUAGAUACUUGCUAGGCUUUCCCUUCCAACGAAUACUAAACACUGCCUGAGGUAUGCAACCAACAUUGCUCUCGAUGAUUGAUCCUACAGAACCCAACAGAAGCAAAGAAAAACCAACGUAAUGAAGUCUGCUUGGGAACAGAGGGGCAUGGGUUGUGUUCCAAGUAUAUUCUGCUCUGGAACAUGGGUUGUGUUCCAAGUGUAUUGUGUAAUUUGUUAUCAAAAGACUCUUAAGAAAGAUCAAAAAUUGGGGGGGGGGAAUCACCUGAAUUUCUUAUGUAAAGCAUUCAGUGUUGUUGGGACCAUGAGUGUAAUUACAGAUUCCUUCCUCCUUG